ACUGCCUGAAAAUCUUCCGUACACGACUUGGAGCCGCAGCCCCGCGUUCUGUAAUGUUUCAAAAGAGUAGCCUUUUUGACUAUACUUUUAAAUCACCCUCUAACCAUAUUUUUCCUGCAACACAUCAAAAUGGGCUGGUUCUCUAAAUCUAACAACACUGCCGCUAUUCCAGUUGAGGCUGCUACCCCCCGGGUGGGCUCCCUCGCUGCUGCUCCACAGCAACCAUUGGGCGACUUGCCACCGCCUCCACCGGCUUCCCAGCUCAUUGCCAGCCCGAAUCAACCAACCGUCGAGCAAUUUGUCAAGCAGCAGCCAUUGGCGAUGUAUACCAUUGAUGGUCUCCAGAACCAAGCCGAAAGCACCAUCUGCAGAGCCAACGCUAAUGGCGGCCAAACCUGUUUGAAGUUGGGUUACAGUGCUGUGGAUUUGUUCAACGAGAUGCAGAAGUUUGAGUACUUUUGUUCCUUGCCUUCCGAGGUUAAGGCCACUCAUUUCGAAUGUAGACUCAUCCAGUAAGGAAUAUCGCAGUUCAGUAUCGUGUAUAUAAAUAUAUUUCUAGUUAUGUCCCAAUCUAACUACCUUGCCGAUGUUCUGACCGCAAGAUUUCUAAUGUAUAUUUCUUAUGCUU